CAAACCUAUUCUUUUUUUUUUUUUUCUCCAAUUUUCUCCUUUAGAGUUAACUUUCUAAAACUUUGCUUUUCAGUAGAAGAGGUUGGAUAUUUGUUGGCUAGUAUCUGAUAAUAUACCUAGCUGUUCUGUUCUGUAUUCUGCCCUAUUAGUUAACACAAUAUAUUCUUUUCUAUUGCCUAAGGAUAUGUUUUACAUCAGGGACUGGCACCGGUGGCCUGUUUUUGUAAGUAAAGUUUAUUGGAACACACUGUCCAUUCAUACAUGUACGUGGCUGGUUUGCCUUACAGCAGCUGAAUCGAAUUAUUGCAGUGGGAUCAUACGGUUGGCAAGUCUGGCCCUUUAAAAAAGUUUGUAGAUCACUAUUCUGAAUCAGUGAUUCUCAAAACGUGGACCUGACUUAGACCAGCAAACUCAGUAUCACCUGUGAACUUGUUAGAAAUGCAGAUUUUUGGGCUCACCUACUAAAUCAAAUUCUGGGGAUGGGGACCAGCAGUCUUUGUUUUAAGAAGCCCCUCUAAAUGAUGGUGAUGCACCAUUUAACAGUUUGAGAAGCCCAGUUCUAGAUGAAGGGACCCCUUUUGUUAGUCACACUUUGCCUCCUUUACUAAUUUUUUUACCUUUACUGUUUUUUUAAUUGUUUUUUGUUUGUUUUCUUUGUCAACUCCCUAAUUUUUUAAAAAUGUUUAUAUCACUAACAAUAAAUACAAUGAAAACAAAAUGGUGUGUAGAAAGAACUGGACUCUGAUGUCACUUAGGGUUCCCUGUGCUAACACUUGGAGCCUGCUGGGUGUGUUACAUGCAUACUUUUCAAAUGGAAACUUUCCUUGACUUAAUAAUGAUGAAUAACUUUCUUAUUAAGUGACUAGGUGAAGUUUGAAAUGUCAAGUUGAUGAAAUACUGUGACAACUAAAAUCAUCUUUUGUACAAAUCCAACACUUUGAACUCUGUGUACCCAGCCUGUAAGUAGAAAUGAUUGGCCGAAAUACAAACCUGUGAGGUGGGGAGCAUCUGGAGUGCCAGGUGGAGAUUACUUCCUGUGGCUUGAUUCUCACCUGUCUGUAGUGUUCUGGUCUGUGCAAGUUGUUACCAACUGAUUCCAGAGAGGUAAUGGGAAAAGAUACUUAGCUGUGGGAAGAGUUGCUUAUCAGAACUCUGGAGUAGAAACACUGGAGAGGAAGAGGGAGAGGGAGGGAAAGAGAAGGAAAGGAAGGAAGGAAGAAAUAAAUCAAUCUAGAAACCAUUAUUAGUGUUUCAAGAAAUUCUUGUGUUAGGAUUUAGUUUGUCCUAUUCUGUUAGCGGGAGAUGGGCUUUAGGGUGUCGUAAUUGUUGAGAGCAAUAGAACCUUUGUAUCCUUGGAUUGCUGAGUUGUUUUAGUUAUUUGUACAUUUCCUUAGAGAUUACGGACAUUUCUUUCCUCUUUUUACUCUGAUAAUCUUGGGACCAAAAAUCCAAUGGGAAGUUAUGUUUAUUUUUAAGUGAUGCAUUCUGUGAUACUGCUUAUAGAAGUAGGCAUCUGAUUUUGAAAAAAAGUUUUAAAAAUUACAGAGGACAAACACCUAGGUAAAUGUACAAAUGUUAUCUUGUAUAUUUUCAUCAACCUUUAAAAAGCAAAUAAAGCUUUACAAAGGAAGUCCCUGUGUUCCCCUUCAUGGUUUCAGUCUCUCAGAGUGGACGCUUGUUUGGAAUUUGGUGUGUACCCAGUGUGACACAGUAUUGCUGCUGAGUGUUUUCAGUAGUUACAAGGCUCGCAUCUCCUUCACUGUAACCUGCUUUGCAUUUUGACUUCCUUCCUUUACCAUUGGGUUGCCUGUCACUGGUAUUCUUUGCUGUCUUCAUUUCUUUUCUUUUUUUUUUUUUUAAGAUUAAUUCAUUUGAAAGAGUCACACAGAGAGAAGGAGAGGUAGAGAGAGAGAGAGGUCUUCCAUUCUCUGGUUCACUCCCCAACUGGCUGCAGCAGCCGUUGCUGCGCUGAUCCAAAGCCAGGAGCUUACUCAGGGUCUCCCACACAGUGCAGAGGCCCAAGGACCUGGGCCAUCCUCUACUGCUUUCCCAGGCCAUAGCAGAGAACUGGAUUGGAAGUGGAGCAGCUGGGACUGGAACUGGUGCCCAUAUAGGAUGCCGGCAUUGCAGGCAGCAGUUUUACCCACCGCGCUACAGCGCCAGCCCCCUCUCAUUUAUUUUCUCGUUCUCCUUUGUUGGUUUUAGAUUUGGGAGGUUGUCUGGUUGACUUAUUUCCAUCACCAACUGAUGAGAAACUUGUCUUUUUUGAUAGGUAAAUCAGCCAGUCCUUUUUUCUUUGAUUCUUCUCAGCUGUUCCUUCAUAGCUUCAUAGCUUUUGUUACUUCUAAUUUUGUGCAAAUGCCUGGGUUCUGGAUUAUUGUGUCAGAAUGGCCGCUCUGCAGAUAUGUGUCAGUAUAAGAUUUAGGCAGGCUUUUGAUGUAGUGGUUCAGAUGCUGCUUGGGAUACUCCUGUCCCAUUUUGGACUGCCUGGAUUUAAGUCCUGGCUCUGCUUCUAGUUGCAGCUUCCUGCCGGUGUAGGUGUACAUACACCCUGAGAGGUUCAAGUUCUUAUGUGGAAACCUGGGAAGAGUUGGCCUCCUAGCUUUAGUUUGACCCAUCCCUGACUGUUGCAGGCAUUUGGGAAGUGGAAUAUCUCUUGCCGUGUCUCUCUCCUCUGAUUCACUAAUGUUUCAUUUAAAUCCAAGAAAAAGGCUGAUAGGUUUCCUAAAGUAGGACUUCCCUCCCUCCCUCCCCAGUGUGAGGGCAUUGAUCCCUGUCAAUUGCUAAGACUCUGCUUGUGUAAAGAGAAAAAUGAGUUGGGGCAGGGGGUGAGAGAGAGCUGUUGGCUACUUCAGUGUUUUUGUUUCCACAGUCCUCUUCACCAUUCUUUUAGCUUUUACAGGUGCUGCAUGCUUUUUCUCAUACCAGUCUGAGUAUUGAAAAGAAAAUUUUUUUAGAAGAUUUAUUUAUUUAUUUGAAAGAGUUACACAGAGAGAGGAGAGGCAGAGGGGAGGGUGGGGGAAUCUUCCAUCCUAUGGUUCACUCCCCAAUUGGCCGCAGUGGCCAGAGCCGAGCCGAUCAGGAGCCAGGAGCUUCCCCUGGGUUUCCCACGCGGGUGCAGGGGCCCAAGGACUUGGGCCAUCUUCUACCGCUUUCCCAGGCCAUAGAAGAGAGCUGGAUUGGAAGUGGAGCAGCCGGGUCUCAAACUGGUGCCCAUAUGGGAUGCUUGCACUGCAGGCCAGGGUGUUAAUCCACUGCACCACAGCACCAGCUCCCGAGUAUUGAAAAUUUUAUUGCAUGGAUUUUCAUAGAUAGGUGGGCUAAGUGCAAAAAAUUUAGAAAACAAUAUUAGUCUUUGAUCAUAUCCAGCAUGAAUAAACUUGUUUCAGAAAUUUCUAAUCCAAUGAACAUCGCAUUUAAACAGUUUUGGGUUUGUACUGUGGAUAAUGGAGAGGGUGAUGAUACUGCCUGUUGUAAACCCUCAAGUUUAUAGGCCUUGUGAACCAAAGGAUUGAGAAGGGUAUCCUGUUUCUAUUGUAUAGUACUGUUAGCAUCUUUGGAAGAAAGAAAGGCUGUUACUAUUGUUCAGUAUGACUUUGUAAGUUCCCUUAGAAAGAAAUGACCUUGUUAGGUUUGGAAGGCUGACUGUCAUAUUUGGUUUAUCUGUUGCCAUCUUUGGCUUAGUACUACUCUUUCUUUUUUUCCAGACAAGACUCGGAAACUUUUAUUAAAUUAAACACAAAAUGCCUGUUUUAAUAACAUCAAGCCUUUAUCAGAAAUCAGUAUAUAAGUGAGGGUGGCUUAGUAUUCUUUCUUCCCUUCCCUCACAAAGAAAAUAUAUAAGUGAAAAGUUUUAACAUGUACUACUCGUAUUAAAUAUUUUCAAAGCAUCUAUAUACUAAGACAUGUUUCCUUCUAUUAAAUGAACUCCGUACUUGAAGUGGUUAAAUAUACAGUGGGUUAAACUGGGAACAUAGAGUAAACAAGUAAUGUAAAAACUUAUGAUUCAAAAGAUUAAUUACAAGAGGGUUCCUGUAGGUAGAUUUUCAACUGAAUUCUAAAGAAGAUGCAGGUAGGUGGGCGAAGUUAGAGUUGAUGACAGAGUGUGAGGAGGGUGUAGAAGUGAUCAGGGUAGUUCCCAGUGUGGUGACCCCGCAGCAGUACUCAGCUGCUUUUCCCGUGGUGCCAUGGGAAGACACAGGAUUGCAUGUGUUUACCGAGGUCUCUUCCUGCCCAGGACCCAUGGAAUUGGCCAUGGGUCUUUGCAUAGUUCCCACACGGGAACAUGGCGGCUUGUGCUGGAACAAAUAGUGCUAAAUGGGAUGAUCACUUCUCUGCGUUUGGGGCUUCAAGGGAUCAGGGAAGUGAGAAGCUCUUUUGUUUCCAAUUCUACAACUUUCUCUCCGUCUCCAGUUUCCUUUCAGAUAAGUUUCCUAGUAGAAGUUGGGACCUGUCCUCUCCCUAGUCAUCGGUGACACGUGGCCCCUUGGAAAUGUCCCAGUGUGGGAGGGAGGGCUUUGGCUGUCACACUGGGAAGUAGGGGAGAGCUCUCACCCCCUUGUCUCCACUGCUUUGUGUGCUGUUGUGUUUUCUCUUCCCUCUUUGUUUUCCCUAAGCUAAGCUCUAUGCUAAUUCUGUACAAAAGAAAUACUUAUUGCUUUUAUGAAUUGCUUGCCAUUAUUGCCUGAUAAUAUGCAGUAAAAUAGGCUUCUGCAUAUCAUGAACUAUGUCAAAUAUUACAAACAUUAAGGUUCUUUUGAAAUUACAAUACUAAACUCAGUUCACUUUUGCUUAGCCUUCACAGUUGUUGAUCACAUAGCAUGGUCAUCCACUCACAGCUUAUAAAAAUACAGGGAGCAUCGGAGAGAAUGGGUUCAAUGUAUCUAUGCCUGCCUACUUCAGUCUGCAAGGGAGUGUCAGAAAGGCCCCGCAUUCGCCGAGCCGAGAUACUACUCGCCAGCGAAUCAAAUUCAGUGAUGACAGAGUAUGCAAGAGCCAUCUUCUCAACUGUUGUCCUCAUGAUGUUCUUUCUGGAACUAGAAUGGAUCUUGGCGAAUGUCUGAAAGUCCACGACCUGGCUUUAAGAGCAGAUUAUGAAAUUGCAUCCAAAGAACAGGAUUUUUUCUUUGAGCUUGAUGCCAUGGAUCAUCUGCAGUCCUUUAUUGCAGAUUGUGAUCGAAGAACAGAAGUGGCUAAGAAAAGAUUAGCAGAAACCCAGGAAGAGAUCAGUGCUGAAGUAGCUGCAAAGGCAGAACGUGUUCAUGAGUUAAAUGAAGAAAUUGGUAAAUUGUUAGCUAAGGUGGAACAGCUCGGAGCAGAAGGAAAUGUAGAAGAAUCCCAGAAAGUAAUGGAUGAAGUGGAGAAAGCACGGGCAAAGAAAAGAGAAGCAGAGGAAGUUUAUCGGAAUUCUAUGCCAGCUUCCAGUUUCCAGCAGCAGAAACUCCGAGUCUGUGAAGUCUGCUCUGCCUAUUUGGGUCUCCAUGAUAAUGACAGACGACUGGCUGAUCAUUUUGGGGGUAAACUGCACCUGGGAUUUAUUGAGAUCAGAGAGAAACUUGAAGAAUUAAAGAGAGUUGUAGCUGAGAAGCAGGAGAAGAGAAACCAGGAACGCCUGAAACGAAGAGAAGAAAGGGAGAGAGAAGAAAGGGAGAAGCUGAGGAGGUCCCGAUCACAUAGCAAGAAUCCUAAAAGAUCCAGGUCCAGAGAGCAUCGCAGACAUCGGUCUCGCUCCAUGUCACGAGAACGCAAGAGGAGGACUCGCUCCAAGUCUCGGGAGAAGCGCCAUCGCCACCGGUCCCGUUCCAGCAGCCGUAGCCGCAGCCGCAGCCACCAGAGAAGUCGGCACAGUUCUAGAGAUAGGAGCAGAGAACGAUCUAAGAGGAGAUCCUCAAAAGAAAGAUUCAGAGACCAAGACUUAGCAUCCCGUGACAGAGACAGAUCACCUCGUGACAGAGAUGGAAAGGGUAAGAAGAGGCCCUGUGAGAGUGCCAAUGGCAGAGCAGACGACAGGAGCAGCUCUGGAGAGCUCGAAGCAGGGGAGAUCUGAUUAGCUGUGUGUAGGGCGGCACAGGGCACAGUGCCAGACACCCAUCCAGCUAGGCUAGAGACGGAGCCUAAAACUGCAUCCAUAGUUUCUGGUGAUCCUGUGAUACAUUCUAAAAGUACUUUUUUAUUUUAUUUUAUUUUUUUUAAAUAAUAAGACAUUGUUCUCUAUUCUUUCAAGUAGAAGUGCUAGUGAAUGAAUUGUUUACUUGCCUUGGGAAUCUUUGAACACCUGUGAUAUGCUGUCUUCCUUUCUAGUCCAAACAGCAGCAGCUUUGGGAAUUCUUUUUUGAUUUUUCUUGUUCCCCUAAUACCUCCACCCUCCGCCUAUAGACGAAAGAGGGGCGGAAAGCCAUGCAGCUUCUGUCGUAAGAUUCUAGUCCCAUCAUUAGUUCCUAGCUGACUACAGUUCAGAGCAUCUGUACUGGAGUGUGUGCUGGAGAAAUUUCAAAUACUGGGUUUGUUUGUUUAACGGUGCCUAUUUAGAGUUGAAAGUUGAACAGCUGUUGCAUUACAUACUUUUGCUUUUUUAUUGAAAAUUUGAAAUCAAACUUGUCUUGAUUUUUCUGUUCUAUUGAAUUGCUAUGUUCAGGAUGUUCUGAGGGGGGUGGGGGCAGGGGCUGUUUCUUAAUAAGCACUUCUUGUUUUGUUUGUGUGGAGUAUAAAGGCUAUACCCUAUUGUAAAAAAAAAUAAUAAAAUGAAAUCAAACAAU